CAUACAUUUCCAUCACUCACCAAAUUGUAACAAUUAAAAAAAUUACAAUGAAUAUGAUCUUAGCCAUUUUCUUCAUUUGCUCAACCCUUAGUUGCAUGAAUAUUUCCCUAGCACAAAACUCUCCUCAAGAUUUUCUUGAGGUACAUAAUCAAGCUCGAGAUGAGGUUGGUGUUGGUCCACUUUAUUGGGAGCAAACCCUUGAAGCCUAUGCUCAAAAUUAUGCAAACAAGAGAAUCAAAAAUUGUGAGCUUGAACACUCUAUGGGCCCUUAUGGUGAGAACCUUGCUGAGGGUUAUGGUGAAGUGAAUGGUACGGAUUCAGUGAAGUUUUGGCUAAGUGAAAAGCCUAAUUAUGAUUAUAACUCUAACUCUUGUGUUAAUGAUGAGUGUGGGCAUUAUACUCAAAUUAUUUGGCGUGAUUCUGUUCAUCUUGGUUGUGCUAAGUCCAAAUGUAAGAAUGGUUGGGUUUUUGUCAUUUGUAGCUACUCACCACCUGGAAAUGUUGAAGGAGAACGACCAUAUUGAUUUUCUUUUAUAUAUAUAUAUAUAUAUAUAUUUCCGUUAACUAGUAAUAUCUGGCCUGCUGUUGCUUGUAUUGUUGCCACUCAAAAAAGUUAUUAUUAUAAUUUCUAAUAAGCAAUGAUAAUGUAUAUUUUUUUGUCUUA